AUGCAGCGUCGAGGCGGAUUCAAACACGGCCGUCAGAUCUCGAGGACACAGGCGGUUGUUUCCGUAGCCCUGGCCAUGUUGGGCACUCCACGAGCCAGUGGUGUAGUGGGUAGUGAUUUCCUUAAUCAAGGGUUGUUGGAGACUCCUCUCUUUGCGCGGGCCAGUGAUGUCUCCAUACCAGGAAGCUUGGGCACUGCACGACCCAAUGAUGUCUCCAGCGCAGGAAGCGGCACAAAAUGGGCCAUGGCAGCAAUCAGUUGGGCUACUCAAGCUGCGAAGAUAGCAUGGGAUUAUGCCUACGAGAGGGUGGAUGGGGAAGAAGCAGCGAGGCGUCUCGUAAGAGCCACUGCAGGGACAGCUGGAGGCGUUUUGUUGAGUGGUGGCGCGGCCAUGGUCGCUGCUCAUGUUGCCAACUCGGUCCAUCCUGUCGCCAACUUCGCAUGCACGGUGGUGGGGAACAUGGUCGGAAGCUGGCUUGCAGAGAAGUUCACGGAAUGGUUGUCAUGGCUCUUCGCAGAAGACCCCAUGGAAGGCUACCGACGGGCAUGUGAAGAGCUAGGAGUCAGCGAGUCAGCACAUCGCAGAGACAUCAAGAGAGCAUAUGCAAAUUGCCAUCCAGACAAGGGCAGCGGAUUGACAAACGAAGAGUUUGAGAGGAAGACGAUCGCCUUCGAGAUCAUCAGAGCAACAAGGAAUCGCAUGAACACGUGGGACGACGAGGAUGACUGA